GUCCUGUUGCUAUCCCUUGAAAAUCAGGAAUUCUUCUCUAGCAUACAAGAGCAUUUCCUCAAAGCCAUUCGUGCAAAGGUCAAAGUUGUUCAAGCAAAGUCCCUUACCGAGGCUCUCUCUCUGCUCUCGUCGCCUGACCUUGCAGCUGUCUUUGUUACGGAUCCCGGAAUCGUCAAGCGCAAAAACAAAAAGGCUGCCACAAAGCUCGCGGAGUACGUCAAGUCGGGCGGCUCGGCUGCCAUUGGAGGCAACUUUGCCUCAUUUGUUUCUGGUCGCGAAAUGGAAGCCUUUUUCCGCCAAACAUUUGGCCUCAAUUGGACAUACGGUGCUUACCACCGCACUACGUUCGCCCUCAACCCGUUAAAUGAGGUUGCGGCCAGGAACCCGUCGCUAGCGAAUGCCUAUAGUAUGAAGACGCUUCAUCUCGGUGGCAUCUCCCCGGAGAUGGCGAUGUACAAACCCAAUGAAGAGUCUCGACUUGAGUCUCUAGUUUUCGCACCAGUUAAAAUAGAAAACUCGCUUGAAGCUCCGGCGGUGUGCACACGUGUUGGACAGGGAUAUCUUGGGUUUCUUGGCGACGUCAAUGGCGAAAUAUGCUCUACAAAUACACUUCUUGCCAUGCUUGGCUUU